AUGCACGGUCUGCCCGGGGUCUGCGUCUGGGGUGUUGUCGUUCCCGUUGUGCUCCUGUGGCUGCACGCAGGCGUUGGGGAGGGCAUGACGACGGACGCCUCCCAGACCGCCAUCUUGAAUCGGUUCAACGAGCUUCGUGCCGCCUUCAGUGUAGCCCCCGUCACGUGGGACAACACCGCUGAGGGCGUGGCGCAAGCCUGGGCGGACACUUGCCCUGCGGGCCACAACAGCGUGCCGUACGGCGAAGUGAUCGCCUGGAAUUAUCUUUCUGAUCCAACGGCCUCGGCGCUCAUGGCGGCCGACCAGUGGUACGACGAGGUGAACCUGUGGAACUGCCAGCACGCCAACUGCUCAGGCGUGUGCGGUCACUACUUGCUGCUGAUGUCGGAGAAAGUCACGCGGAUCGGUUGCGGGAACCUCAACUCAGGCUGCUCUCGCGCCACAGCAACCAUCGUCUGCAACAUGGUCCUCCUGUCCGGCUUUUCCUUCACCACUCGCCCAUUCCCUCUGACGCGAUGCCCGAACUACCCGUACUUUAGCGACACUCCGUUCAGGCUGGCCAUCACGAUCAACACCACGCGCAAGGCCUACGUGAAGUCUGAACUCCAGGCCGCCGUCAGCACCGCAGCGCAGCUGGACGACCCCAACCGGGUCUACGUGGAGAGCACUGUAGAUCUGUCAGGAGGGCGCAAGAAGGUGGUCAUAUACAUCGUCCCGUUCCGCACGUCAUCCGGCCGAGGUGCGGCCGAGUCGCUCGUCUCCCUGGUGAACAGCAGGGACCCCUCCCUCAACGUCGCCCAACUCUACGCCACCGAGGCGGCCUUCGUCACCGCCGGCAGCGGCGGCGGCACCGACUCGGGAAGCAAUGACGCCCAGGGCAGCAGUGGCGGCGGGGCAGACGGCGGCGCAAUCGCCGCCGGGGUGCUGGUUCCGCUCAUUGUCAUCGGGCUGCUCGUGGCCGUCAUCGUGGCUGUCGUCGUGUGGAAGAAGCGCGGCGGCGAGCUGCCCGACUUCCUCACCGCGCGGCCAAGCUGGACCUACUGGCCGAGCAAGCCCAGCCCGGGGCUUCCCAAUGACCGCAGAAGCCCGGUGUUCGACGGCGUGCUGUCGCCCGGGUCACGGAGGGACACCCUCAACGACAUGUACGCACCCGAGAGCGGCAACACCUACCGAGGCUGA